AUGGAGUCAGUAAAAAAUCCACACCAAGCUCAAGAUCAUUUCGUUCUUCCAGAAAGUAACCAGCCACUGAAAGAACCCACAAUAAAACUAACUUCGGAACAAGUCGAUUUCUUCAGAACAAAUGGAUUUUUAAGUAUUGAUCAUUUGAUUGAUGAAAAUGAAGUAACAUACAUUCGUGAUCAAUAUGAUAAAUGGUUUGCAGCGAAACUAGGUCGAGAGCACGGCAAUUUCUUUGAUUUACUCUCUGAAGAUACCGACGAUCGAGAAGCGGUUGCACCACAGCUCUUGUGGCCAUCAAUCUACGGGAAAACUAUGACAGGAUUUGAUCUAUACAGUACACAAAUGUAUGCCAAUGCAUAUGAAAUUUGUAAAAGUUUACUGGGCGAGGCCACAGAAUUCAAAGGAGAUCAUGCGAUAUUGAAACCGCCAUCAGCCAAUUCUUUACCGACUCCAUGGCAUCAAGAUGAGGCUUAUUGGGAUCCGACACUAUCCUACGAAUCCGUUGGUGUUUGGGUUGCUCUACAACCUGUAUCUGUUGAAAACGGUUGUAUGCAAUUCAUUCCGGGUUCACAUCGAGCAGGCGAUGUGCUUCCACACCACACUCAAAAUAACAAUCCACGUAUACACGGUUUAGAAGUCGAUACUCCUUCCGAAUACACGAAAGAAAUCGUUGCAUGCCCGCUCCCGAGUGGUGGUGCAACAUUUCAUCACUGUCGUACUUUACAUUACACGGGCGCUAAUGCUUCGGCUGAACCACGUCGUGCCUACACGUUACAAUUUCAAUGUAAUACAACGAAGCGUGAGCAACCGCGAUUGAAUACCUGGAAUGAAACAAAAACAACAGACCGAGAAAGACGUGCGAAAGAGAGCGGAUGGAAUCUUCGAGCACCCUAG